AUGGCCGCCCACGUGGUUCUCCUCUUGCCCGCCCACGCCCGCGCCCCCAGGAUAAGGGGGAGGAUCAACUACUUGGUCGUCCAGCCCAAGGAGGAUCUGCUGGAGUUCCGGGAAGUGUUUUCCUUCGGCGGGGAGUCCCACGGAGGGCAGGCGGCGGAGGAGGUGGUCGGGACGUGGGUUCCUGAAGGAGGGGCGUCGCAGGGGGUGCUCGGGGGGAGGAGGAACGUCCUCGCGCCGAAGGACUUCGUCGGGAACAGGAUGCGCGUCGCCGUCAUUGAGAGCCCCCCCUACGUCCUCUUCAAGAUGGACGACGAAGGAAAUCUUGACUUCGAAGGAUUUCUCGUCGACAUUAUGAGAGUCGUUGAAAGGCAACUGAAUUUCCGGAUCGAGUGGGUGGUGACGAAAGAUGGCGAAUACGGAGUCCCGACAACCAAUGAUUCGUGGUCGGGACUGGUCGGGGAUUUGGUGAGGCAGACCGCUCGCGACGAGGGCCUGAGACUUGCUUACCGUCAGCUGAUCGAGAACUCUGAGGAGCGAAUUGUCGACAGCAUUGAAGAAGGCAUAAAUGCUCUUCAUACGUCGGAGAAAGCGCUUUUUUUCCACAACGAAGGAAUGGUCAACUAUGCAGUACAAGAAAGCUGUAACUACACUUGGGUUGGCCACACCUAUUUCACAGAAUACGUUCAUCUCGGCUACAGGAAGAACCUUCCCUUCGCUAACGUCUUGUCGCAUUACAUCUCGAGAGCCGAAGACCACGGCAUCACGGAGAAGCUGAGGAACAGAUGGAGGCAGCCCCUCGGAAGCUGCGACACUGACGUCACGGAAUUUCAGGAGCUGGGCAUCGCCAAGACCGCGUCCGCAUUCGUGCUCUUGGCUCUUGGCUUUGGCUUGAGUUUCGUCCUCCUGCUUGGCGAAUUGGCGGUUAUUUAA